AUGCCUAUAACGCGGUCGCAACGUGAGAAGCAGGGUGACAAUAUAGAAGAAGUCUCCUGCGAGCGAUCCACACGGCCCGUCGAAGAAACAGCUCCAACUCUGAUACAAGAGAGCUUCUGUUCGGGAACGGAUCGCAACACGAAUAUGUCUGCACCAGCUGACAUUUCCGACGUGAUGACGAAAAACAUCGCCAACGUGGGCGAUACAAUACUCAAUGAGUCAGACGAUGAAGCCUCCAGCUCGCCCUCACAUUCACCUAUCGCAAAUAGUGAAAACAAGUCAAAAGAUGAAGAACUCCUCCAAAUGCGUUUGGAGAUACUGAAGUUACAGCGAAAAAUAUGUUCGCUAGAGGAAACGAAUACACAUGAAGAUCCGCCAGGUAUGAAAACCAGUAUUGCCACAACUUCGCCACCAUUUUCGGGAACUAUAACGUCACAAGCAAAUGAAAGUGAUAUCUCCAAGCUGGCUUCUGUGAUUAUAGCUGCGACCAAGAAUACAAUGUGCAAGCAUAGUCUUGAUCUUCCGAAAUACAACGGAUCACAUGGCGAGUGGCUAGCGUUUCAAGCGGCGUAUAUGCAAACAGCACGACACGUGACGGAUGUAGAGAAUAUGGCCCGCCUCCGAAGAUGUCUAGUGGGAAAGGCGAAAGAAGCUGUAAAAAACUUACUUAUAUACCAAAGUGACCCUCUAGAGAUUAUGAAAUCAUUAGAGUCUCGUUUCGGCCGACCCGACGCAAUCGCAAUUACUGAAUUGGAAACGUUAAAAAAUUUGCCAAAACCAGGUACUACGCCACGAGAUCUCUGCAUGUUUACAACUAGAUUUUGUAAUAUAUUAUGUAGUCUGGAAGCUUUAGGAAAGAUAUUUUAUCUGUACAACCCAGAAAUUACCAGAUCUACAGUAGAGAAGUUGUCGCCGACACUGCAACAUCGAUUCUUCGCGUAUGCAGCGCAACAACCAAAACAAGAAGCAGAUCUUCUAAAGUUGAAGCGAUUUUUAUGCAUAGAAGCAGAAAACUGUGCACCUUUCGCGCGUCCCGAAUCAAAUUUUGAGUCUGAAAAACCGCAAAUAAAGUUUCAACGAGCGUACGUGACUGAAGUGAAAGAAAAGCGAAAAAUUUGCAUCGUUUGUGAAAAAGACAGUCAUACCGUGAAUAAGUGUUUAGUAUUCAAAGAACGCUCUAUUGAUGAACGUUGGGCUUUAGCGAAAGAGAAGUCCUUAUGCUUCAGGUGCUUAAAACCUAGAACAAAAAACCACAGAUGUCCAAUUAAUCGAUGCAACAUUAACGAAUGUCAACGGCGACAUCAUCCGUUACUACAUCCUAAUGAGGAGAGAAACUCAUCACCAACUGUAGAAAUCGUUGCAAACGCUUCUUCAACAAGCGCCCAUCGCGUAUACUUAAAAAUAAUACCAGUCUGUGUGCAAGGUAAAAACAAAUCUGUUAAUACGUUUGCACUUCUCGAUGACGGUUCUAGCGUGACUUUAAUAGACGAAGAACUAGCUAGAACGAUCGAAGCCGAGGGUCCCAUAGAGCCGUUGCGCAUUGAGGGUAUCACAAGCGACGGGAUGAAUCAGACGACGUCCCGGAGAAUUUCGAUUGCAUUAUCGACUAAGCAUAAUCAGAUUAGUAAUAUACAAGGUCGUACGAUGAAAAACCUAAAGCUAUCGCCCCAAACUGUCUUAAAGCGAAACAUAUCAGAAUGUGAACACCUAUGCGAUAUAAUCGAUGAAGUAUGUUAUUCACACGCUAUUCCAGAGAUUCUUAUUGGACAAGAUAAUUGGCACUUAUUAAUAUCGUCAGAAACGCGUAAAGGCGCUAGACAACAACCGGUAGCGUCGCUUACCCAGCUGGGAUGGGUAUUACAUGGCUCACACACUCGAAGCCUCGGACAAAAAGUUCAUCAUGUCGUUGAUUUCAAUUCAAGUGAUAAUCGGAUGGACGAACAAUUAAAACAAUUCUUUGCGAUUGACUCGCUUACGAUAAUGCCAAAAAGGCCAUAUAACGACCCAGAAGAUAUGGCUUUGAAUCAACUCAAGCAACAUACCCGACAACGGGAGGAUGGCUAUUUCGAAACGACAUUGAUUUGGCGAAACGAUAAUAAACCUGAAAUGCCGGAAAAUUACGAAACUGCUUUGAAAAGACUGCGAGGAAUAGAGAAAAAGUUAGACCGUGAUCCACUUCUAAAAAGUAAAUAUGGAGAACAAAUGCAAGCUCUAAUAGAUAAAGGCUACGCCGAAAGAGCUCCAUUAGAAAGAAACGCAUUAACGUGGUACUUACCUCACUUCGCUGUCGUUAACAAGAUGAAGCCGGAAAAAAUUCGCAUAGUACACGAUGCAGCGGCGAAAACGCGAGGAGUCUCUCUAAAUGAUAAUCUUUUAAAGGGCCCAGAUUUAUUACAAUCCUUACCAGGUAUUCUAAUGAGAUUCAGACAGCAUAAAGUAGCUGUUACCGCGGAUAUACAAGAAAUGUUCAUGCAAAUAAAAAUACGCGAACAAGACAGGGAUGCGUUGCGAUAUCUCUGGAGGGGCGAAGAACGUGAAAAAGAGCCAACGGAAUAUAGAAUGACAUCCCUGGUAUUUGGGGCGACGUCGUCACCCGCUACGGCAAUUUUUGUGAAGAACUAUAAUGCUGAAAGAUUUAGAGAUACGGACCCAGAGGCGGCCGCGGCUAUUGAAAGGAACCAUUACAUGGACGAUUUCCUUCAAAGCUUUAAAACAACGAAAGAAGCCACGGUUAUCUCAAAGAAGGUACUUGAGAUUCACUCGAAGGCUAACUUUGUCCUCAGGCAGUGGAACUCAAAUUCAAAAGAAGUUCUUAAAUCGUUGGGUGUUGAAGAUCUGCAGUCAAACUUUAAAAUCGACGACGGUAGCAAAAUGGAAAGAGUUCUGGGUCUUAUUUGGCGGCCGCAAGAAGACACUCUUAAUUUCAACUUGAGUCUUGUAAGACUUCCAAAUGGAAUACUUAAUGAACCUGAACCUACUAAAAGACAUGUCUUGAAAAUAUUAAUGUCUAUAUUCGACCCGCUAGGAUUUGCAUCACCUGUCACAAGUCGAGGAAAACAAAUAUUUCAAGAGAUAUGGCGUACAAGCGCAGGAUGGGAUGAAAAAAUCAAUCAAGAACUAGCCGAGCAAUGGCAUGGAUGGAUGAAAAACCUUCAGUGCUUAGGGCAACUUAAAAUCCCCAGAUGUUACAUAAAAUACAGCGAAGCAAAAUCACUCCAACUACACGUUUUCGUAGAUGCUAGCGAAUUAGCAUACGCCGCCGUGUUAUACUGGAGGACAGUAAACGCCGAGGGUCAAAGGUCUCUUACGUUGAUACAAGCAAAAGCUAGAGUAGCUCCAUUGAAGAUGAUAUCGAUCCCGCGACUAGAACUUCAAGCUGCAGUAAUGGGAAGUCGAAUGGCCAGCGCGACCUUAGAGGAACAUGAUAUAAAGCCCGAAGCGAAAUUCUUUUGGACUGAUAGUAAAACCGUUUUAACAUGGUUGAAAACAGGCGCGCGCUCUUAUAAGCCUUUCGUGGCCCAUCGCAUUGCUUCAGUACAAGAAAAUACUUCCCUAAGUGAAUGGAGAUGGGUGCCUACGAGUUUAAACGUCGCCGACGAUGCUACGCGUGACGUACCUAAAUGUUUCGAUUCAAAACAUAGGUGGAUUGCGGGGCCAGAGUUCCUGCUACAAGAUGAAUCUUAUUGGCCAAAAGACAGCAUUCUUUCCAACAAGCCAACGGGUGAAGAAAGAAUACACACUGUAGUUAUUAAAGGAAAAUCCAGAUUAUUAGAAUGUUUUCCUGACGUAAAACGUUUCUCCGAUUGGGAACGACUCGUGAGAACUGUAGCUCGAGUACUACAAUUCAUAGACCUAUGUACGAAGGGAAAAGAAAAAGUCUGGCACAAGCGUUUCGCUAAAAAUAGAACGAGUGAUCCCGAGUGGCGCGUAACAUGUAAGAAGAAUAAAAAAUCAAACUCUAUUGAGAAAAGGCAGCCUUCGAAUACUACAUGCUACGAAAUAUUAAACGCUCAAUUAAUUAUAAGAGCCGAAAACUUGUUAAUGCGAGCCGUACAAGAAAAUAGUUUUUCAGAUGACCUAAUAACUCUUGCCAGUGGUAAAACUAUCACGGCGCAAAGUCGUUUGAAGAAGUUAGCCGUGGAACUCGUCAACGGUGAAAUCAGAAUAAAAUCGCGUAUAAAUGCGGCGGUAAAUAUCGACGAUGAGGUAAAAAACCCAAUUGUUCUGGACGGGGACGACUACAUAGUUCGGCUAUACAUCGCCCACAUACACAAAAUUUUACAUCACGCUGGCGUAGAGGCCACGAUAAACGAGUGCAGGCAACGCUAUUUCAUACUUCGCUUGCGGCCUACAACUCGUAUGAUUAUAAGGCGGUGCCCAAUGUGUCAAAUUAGAAAAGCUUUACCAUCCGUUCCUCCAACUGGAAACCACUUAGAAAAUAGACUGGCUCAUCAUCAAAGACCUUUUACUUUUGUUGGUGUUGACUAUUUCGGCCCUAUGACCGUUACCAUAGGCCGAAGUACGCAGAAGAGAUAUAUAGCUUUGUUUACAUGUCUUACGACACGCGCCAUUCACUUAGAAUUGGCAGGAUCGUUGUCAACGGACUCAGCAAUAAUGGCACUUCGACGCAUGAUAGCUAGACGCGGGUGUCCCGACGAGAUAUGGUCAGAUAAUGGCACUAAUCUACGUGGUGCGAGCAGGGAACUCUAUAAACUUAUAAAUAGAGCUACACAAGAAGAGGCGGCGAGAAAAAAGGUAAAAUGGCGUUUUAUUCCGCCAGGGGCGCCAUUCAUGGGAGGCGCCUGGGAGCGCCUAAUACGGAGUGUAAAGAACGCUUUAACUAAUACCUUACAUGAAAAAUCGCCUAGGGAAGAAGUGUUGUCAACAGUUCUUGCUGAGAUUGAAUACACAGUCAAUAGUCGCCCUCUUACUCACGUGUGA